AUGGAGUUGCAAAACAGAAAGUUCAACAACUGUGCUGUGAAAGUUCCCACAAUCUGUGGAGUAAUCUGUGGAUUCACAGUUUACACAAUUUUCUUCUUCCCCUACGACCUCCACCACCAAACGCAUAGUCCUCGCGUCCUUCAUUUCUCUCGCGCAAAGAAAUCUCUACUUCGUAGUUUGGUUUCUCUCGUGGGUUGCUCGUUGCGUCCACCGCCGUGCCGCCACAGUUCGUCCACCACCGGCGCCUCCAUUGUCUCCGGCGAAGUGCUGUCCAAGUUGGGUGACCCGUCCAAUUCCCGUUGGGGUUCAUCUAGGGUUUCUGACGUGUCUAGGAGAAACGGUUCCUUCGGGGCUAGGGAUUCCAAUUGCGAGCUUCCCCCUUCUCGCGCUGACGAGACUUAUAAUUGGACGGCAACAAAGAAACCUUCGGGAGGGUUUGAGAGGAAGGAGAGGGAUAGAGGAGGGUUCUUCGAUUCGCAGUCGCGCGUUGACGAAUCGGAGUGUUGGGUUUCGAAUAAGAGCUUUGUGUCGUCGGAGCGACGAUUCGCCUCCAACGAUGGAGGGUUUGAGAGAGAGAGAAAGAGGAAUGUUAUUGGGUUUGGCUCUAGCGGCGGUGCUGAUUCAAAUGACUAG